AUGCGCCCGCCAUUUGCUGUGGUCGGCCACGGCGCCGACCUCCUCGCACUCGAAGCCAACCGGGGCGAGCCGUUCCAGUCCAGGGUCUGGGUAUGGCUCUGCGGGCACUGCCGGUGCAAACACGGAUCGUGGUGGUCGUGGUCACCGUCGCCCUCUCACUCAUCUCCGGCGUCGUCGUCAUCAUCGUCGUCCUCGUCGUCGUCCGCCCACUCGUACUCGACACUCAACAAGUACACCGGGUACGCUGAGUGCUACCUGGUCUCGCUAUAUCAGGCCUCGCUACGGGCACUGUGGAUCUCGCUGGUGGCGCCUGUUCGGGCCAUGGCGUGGUGUCCCUCGCCGCAGGCCGAGGCCGGGGCGCUUGAUGCCAGCGGAGAUCCUUUGCCUCUGUCGCCGUUUUGCGAGUCGUCGCUGCUGGUGAUGCGGGUGACCAGCAGCGUACUCGAGGUUGUGCUCCUCUCACCAGCGUCGUACGUCCACAAGCUGUACUUGGCGCUUAACGGGGCGGCAUUUGCGGCGUACAAGGCGGUGCUGCUGGCGACGCUGCCGGGCGAGGUGGCGGCGGCGAUGAUGCCGGCGGCGGUCGGUGCCGCCGGCCAGGCGCAGGCCGGUGGAAAUCCGUGGGAUGCAUCGCCGGGCAGGAGCAGCGGGGGCUUUGACGACGCUUCCGCCCCGGGCGCAGCACAGCCUGGUGCGCUGUAUGUGCUCGGCUCGCUGAGCUCGCUUGUGAUGGGCGGGCUGUACGGCGGCGCCAUGCUUGCGGGAGUGUGGGACGUAGUGCAGUACGCCAACGUGGCGUGGCUGGCGGUGGCGUGCCUCGGCGGCACGGUGCGGACGGUGGCAUCGGGCGUGCUUGCGAUGUCCAAGGCUGUGAGCGAGCGGACUCCGCUGGCGGCGGUGGUGGCGCUCGCAUGGCUCCCGAUGGUGGUGGCUGCCGGCAACGCUGCGCUCUUCCUCGUCCUCCUCACCUUGCCUGCACUGUCGCUCGGGCUGAUGGCGCAAGUGCCUGCUGUUGUUGUCGGCAUCCUUGUCGGGCCGAGUCUCUGGGCUGGCCAGCUGAGCACCUCGCUCAUGUGGGCUGUCUCGACGCUCGGGAUGUGGCUGGUGGCACGACUCGUCAAGGAGGCGCACCUUGGGACAGCGCGGCUGUUCUUUAUGGUCUACUUUGACUCGACGCUGGUGGCGGACGAGUCUGUCCUUGUCCACGCGCUUGCCCUUGUGGCCUUCCGGGUCCUUCUCACGCCCAUCGACCGGGCCGGGCUCCGGGGCGUGGCCGCCAUCCUCGAGUGGCAGUCGCUCCUCGACCUCCUCGACGACUACACAUACUACUCGACACCGCGCGAGUCGCGCAAGCCAGUGGCGAACGGCAUCGGGACCGCGACCGUGACUAUGCCGCCGUCGUCGGCCCGCAAACAGCGCGCGGCGCUGGUGGCAUCCAACAAGUGGAGUAGCGGGAACAAGGCCAGGCGUGCACCGCAGCGCCAUCUCCCGCCGCCGCCGCCGCCGCCGAUCCUUUCGCCGAUUGCGCCACGGGCGCCUACCCCCCGGGGGUUCUCGACCUCGGUCGAGGCCGCCGACCCGCUCGACGACGAGCGGGUCACCUCGUUUGUGGCAUACGCCGACUCGGACGACGACGAGACGACCCUCGACCGCCGCCUCGACGCCGAGCUUGUCAAGCGGCUCGGUCUGCCGCCGCCGGCCCGACCGCUAUCGUCGCGGCCAGGCACGGAUCGCCGGCGUCCCUCGCGCUCGGUCUCGGUCCUCGGCUCGGUCGCGCGCUCGGUCGCGCGCUCGGUUUCGGUCGCGCUCGCGCGGGUCGACGAUGUCGUCCGCGCCGUCGACGAGUCGCGCCCGAACCUGCGGUCGCCGCCGCCGGUCUCGGCGCGGCCGGCUGUCCUGCGGCGGUCGUUGCGGCUCUCUGCCAAGAAGGGCGCGUGA